AUGGCCCCCGCAACGCCCCUCAGACGCUCCGCGCGGCAAAAACACCAGACCAGACUCGCCUUCACGCCCGUUCCUUCGUCGUCGCCCGCCGCGAUAGCCCACCUAUCACCCAAUGUACGAACGCGCGCCGCCGCCGUAACCCUCAGCGGUUCGCCGAAUCUGGCCAAGAGGCGCAAAGUCGCAUUCUCAGCCCAUGCGGAGGAAGACGGUUCAGAAGAUGAGGUGGACCACACACGAGAUGCGCGCCAUGGUGAUGAACUUGCGAAGGGUCUGCCGACGCCUGAGCGCUCCUCACAGGUUAAGAGUUUGGGAAGGCGACAUCAGCCGACUGUGGAGUCUGGCAGCGAGAGCGAGGAGGCGCGUGAGGGCGAGCAGGAGGGAGAGUCAGUUAAGAAGACGUCGAGACCGUCGGUCAAGCGCAGAAUCACCCGGCAAAGCAAGAUUAACUUCGACCAACGUCAGAGUGAGGAAGUAGCAGAACACAGACGUGCAGUUCGGUCGAUAAACGAAGCAGCCCCGGUACAGGCGAAGACCCGUCUGCGAUCAGGACCAUUCCGAAGCACUCAGCAGACGAUUGAACUGUCCAGCGAUAGCGAUACAUCCUUCUCGGACGUUGACCUACCACGCGCGGGCAAAGAAGCAAAACGCGAUAGUGUUGGUGAAGCCGAGACGAGCGGCGACGAUGUCAUAAUAUCCUCGCCGGCGAAGAAGCCUAAGCGCGCGGCUGUACGGAAGGAGAGCUGGGUAAUUUCAGACGACAGCGAUGCUGAAGCACAAGCCACACCGAAAAGAACAAAACGUCAAGCUGCAAAGGAGAGAUCAUCCGAUGAGGACGACGACGACUUGCCCGCAACACAGCGCAAGCGCAAACAGCCGCCAGUAACCCCACGGCGGAGAAGCAAGCAAGAGGAAGAGGAUCUUGAAGAGGACCUGGAGUUUCUCGGCCCAUCAGGUGGGCGCUUGAAGAGGAAGCCGGAAAGUAGUCCACGUAAGCCGGUACAAUCUGCGAGACAGAAGGCGCUGGAGGCUUUGAAGCGCCGGCGAGCGGGCGACAAAACAGAACCGAUUCUGGUGGAAUUAGACGAUGACUCAGCCGAAGAGGGCAGACGACGUGGACUUUACGACACCGAUACUGAGUCGGACGACGGAGAAGAUGAGUUGGAGGAAGUCGAGGAUGAGAACGAGAUCAUCGAGACACCGCGGCGAGGCGGACGAAACCGCAACCCCCCUGCUGCCCCCCGAGACGCCGACGCAGGUGACAUGUUCCUCCCCGACGAAGACGACGAGGACUGGAUCGUCGAAGACGACGAAGACGCUCCCCUCGGCGCCCCCGUAGGCCUCCCCCUACAAUUCAGCAACCUAAGCAGGCAGAAGGGCAAAGACCUCUUCAAGUACGUGGUAGAAUGGAUGGUACAGAAGAAGAUCAACCCCGCCUUCGCCAUCGACGACGAGAUCUACGACCUCGCGUUCCGCAAGUUAGACGACGAGGUCCGAGGACUCGCUGGCUCGAAGUUCACGUCCUCAGCAUGGACGCCCGGCUUCACCCAAGCACUCCGAAGUCGUCCUCAUAUCGUGGUUACGGGAGUUCCCGGGGGUACAUCACUGUAUGACCACUGUGCAGCCUGCAACCGCAAAAACCAUCCGGCGACGUGGCAGAUCCAAUUUACGGGAAAGCCGUAUCACAAGGAGACUCUAGAAGAAGUCGCUGACGAUGAAGACUCUGAAGGCGAGACGGACGGCCAGACUUAUGACGCCCUAGGACGUGAAGUCCCAGAUGAAAGCAUCAUCUACAACCUCGGCAAAACUUGCAAGCAGAAUGCCGAGAUCGCCCAUACUCUAGAGCACUGGCGGUACCAUCUCAAUGACUGGGUUGUUACAUACCUGAAAGAGGAAGGGUAUACCGCGCCGAAGAAAAUCGUUGAGCGGGAUGAGUGGAGUACGAAGAAGCGACAGAAGUAUGCGAAUGAGAUCGCGGAUGAGAUGGAGCGGACGGGCGAGAUCAAACGGCUCUAUCGGGAUUAUAGGAAUGAGGUCAAUACUGCGAGGGGUGAUAAGCUGGCGGGGUCUGGCAGACAGUUGGAGUUGGACUUUGACUAG